AUGGCCGAAGUGAAGUUUCGCUUCUAUCACUAUGAUCCCUCAUUUGUUGCCGCAGCCAUAUUCAUCGUCCUCUUUGGCAUUUCCACGCUAGGCCAUAUCAUCCAGUUGGUGAGAUUCAGAACCUGGUACUUUAUCCCCUUCGUCAUCGGAGGUUUUUUCGAAACCAUCGGCUAUGUCGGGCGAGCUCUCUCUUCGAAACAACCCUCCGGCGAGUGGACGCUUCCCCCCUACAUUAUGCAAAGUCUGCUUCUCCUCCUGGCCCCCGCCCUAUUCGCAGCCUCGAUUUACAUGGUCCUCGGCCGCAUCAUCCACCUGACGGACGGCGAAUCCCAUGCUAUCAUCAGAGCCAGAUGGCUCACGAAGAUCUUUGUUGGUGGGGAUGUCUUGUCGUUCCUCGUUCAGUCUGGCGGCGGUGGCAUGCUCGCGAAGUCAAAGAGCCAGGAUGACGCUAAGCUAGGGACCUGGAUCAUCACCGGUGGUCUUCUUAUUCAGAUUGCGUUCUUUGGGUUCUUCAUAUUUGUCUCGGGGUUCUUCAACUACCGGUUGCGUAAGGUCCCAACGGAUGCCUCUUCGUCUGCUAGCGUUCCGUGGCAACGGUAUCUCUUCGUCCUUUACGCUACGAGCGGCCUCGUCUUGAUUAGAUCGACAUUUCGCGUGGUGGAAUAUAUUGGAGGACAGGACGGGGUGCUUCUUUCGACGGAGAGCUACCUCUACAUAUUCGACGCGGCACUGAUGUUUAUGGCUAUGGCGAUUUUCAAUUUUUGGCAUCCAAGCUCUAUCAUCCCCAGAAAGCGAUCUAUGGAUACAGAGCAUAAUGCGCGAGGCUCUGUCCAUAGCAAUAUCCCGCUUCAAAAGCAUCACCGGCUAAGAAGAUCCAAGAACCCUCUCCUUACAAACUCCUCAGUUGUUCCACUCUUCUUUAAUAUGGAGCCACACAAUGAUGAAAAUAAAAAGUCAUCCACCAACAUGAAUGGACCAUCUACCAAGGUCGCCAACGAUAGCGAUGAUGAAGAGUUAUCUCUGAUCAACCGCAAAUUUCUAAUAAGCGGACGGGCAUUUCAACCGCCCCCAGACUACGACACGUUCCUGGGCUUCCGCCCACAGUACUUCUUCUUCUACGGCUCUCUGAUGGAUGCUAGGCAACUUCGCAAGGUACUUCAGCUCGAAGAAACUCCGGUCCUGCAAUCCGCUAGCAUUACGGGGUGGGAUAUAAUGAUGUGGGGCCAAUAUCCUGCUUUGAUCUUCAAACCGAACAACAUCACGCAUGGAAUGGCCUUCGAGGUGCAGAAGGGGGUACACGUUGAAUACCUGACGUGCUACGAGUCAGAGACCUACAGGCUCAAGGGAUGCAGGAUUAAAUUGGCGGAUGGAAGAGAGUUGCCUGGAAAGACUUUCAUUUGGAAUGGGGCAAACGAGCUAUUAAAGGAAGGAACGUCCGACCUAAAAGACUGGCAAAUGGAGCAGCUUGAGAAGUAA